AUGUUAUAAAUUUAUAAAAUAAAUAUUUUAGUAUUAUUGUUCUACCCUUGUUAAGUUGUAAUAAAUAAAUAAUACUUCCACUAACUAACUUACUUACUUACUUAAAAUAUUAUUUACUCAAAUAAAUCAAUACUUAUUUUAAUUCUUCAUUCUUAAACUUAACAGUUAGAAAUAGAUCUGUUGUAAGAUGAGUAAAAUAAAAAUAAAUCUCGAAGAAAUCUAAAAAUACUACCUCAUACCAAAAUUAAAAAAAAACACUCUUAUUAAGAAAGUUUGUGUCUCUAAAUCAUACCAGAUCAAUAAAUCCUUCAUUUAUUCAUACAUGCACUGCACCUUGAUAAGCAUGCUGGAAUUUUUAUAUAAUUAAUAUCUUAGGGAAGUAUUUUAAUUUACUUAUAGUUAUAAUCAACAUUUUAAACUCCAAUUCUAUCUAUAAAUCAACCAAAAAACUAAAAAAAUAAAUAAAUAAACGAUAUUACAAUAAUUGCUAUUUGCUCUUGGAUAUAAAGCCUAACAAAAAAACAAUUAAUGAAUAAAUCAUCAAACAAACAACAACAACAACAAUAACAAUAACUUCAUUUAUACAUUAGAUAUUGGCUGAUAAUUAAAAUACAAUAAAAUAAUAAUAUCUCUUGA